CUCUUCAAAAAUCAAAAAAAAAAAAAAAAAAAACCUAGAGAGAGAAACACAAACACAAAAGUAGAAAAAAAUGACUAAGGAAGUAAGUGAAGAAGCACAAGUUCACCAACAUGGAAAAGACUACGUUGAUCCACCUCCAGCACCAUUGUUUGACAUGGGAGAACUCAAACUUUGGUCGUUUUGGAGAGCUGUAAUUGCUGAGUUUAUUGCAACUCUUUUGUUUCUUUACAUAACAGUUGCAACUGUUAUUGGUUACAAAAAUGAAACUGACCCUUGUGCUACUGUUGGUCUCCUUGGUAUUGCUUGGUCUUUUGGUGGCAUGAUCUUUAUUCUUGUUUACUGCACCGCUGGUAUUUCUGGAGGACACAUCAAUCCAGCAGUAACCUUCGGUUUGUUCCUAGCAAGGAAAGUUUCAUUGUUAAGAGCAUUCUUCUACAUGGUAGGCCAAUGCGCAGGUGCCAUCUGUGGUGUAGGGUUAGUUAAAGCUUUCAUGAGUGGGGCCUACGUUCGCCUAGGUGGUGGGGCCAACUCUGUACAACAUGGUUAUAACAAGGGUACUGCUCUUGGAGCUGAAAUUAUUGGAACUUUUGUUUUGGUUUACACUGUUUUCUCAGCAACUGACCCUAAGAGAAGUGCACGUGACUCUCACGUGCCUAUUCUUGCACCUCUUCCUAUUGGUUUUGCUGUGUUUAUGGUUCAUUUGGCUACUAUUCCCAUCACUGGUACUGGUAUUAACCCUGCUAGAAGCUUUGGGGCUGCUGUUAUCUUCAAUGAUAAGAAGGCGUGGGAUGACCAUUGGAUAUUCUGGGUUGGACCAUUUGUGGGAGCAUUGGCAGCAGCAGCAUACCACCAGUACAUCUUGAGAGCAGCAGCAAUUAAGGCUUUGGGAUCAUUCCGAAGCAACCCUACCAACUAAGAAGAAUUGGAACAAGAAAAGGAAAAAAAAAAACAAUGGAAAAAAAUUGAUUUGUUUUUUUGUGUGCAGCAAUCAAGUAUGAAGAAGAAAUAUUGUUCAGUCAUUCUCUCUCCUCUCUAAGUCUUUGCUCUUUUUUUUUUUUUUUGGUAAAUUUUCCUCUUGUAAUUCUUGGGUAUGUGAAGUAAAUUAUUGAGUUAGCAUCAAUCAAUGUCUCUAUUAUUGCUCA